AUGAAAGUAGUUGGGCAGGGUGCAUUUGGGAAAGUGUAUCAGGUGAAUAGGAAGGGAACAUCAGAAAUUGAUGCAAUUAAGAUCAUGAGGAAUGAUAAGAUUAUGGAGAAGAACUAUGCUGAAUAUAUGAAAGAUGAGAGAGAUAUCUUGACAAAGAUUGAUCACCCAUUUGUUUUCCAGCUCAGAUACUCAUUCCAGACAAAAUAUAGACUUUACCUUGGGUUUGACUUCAUCAAUGGUGGGCAACUCUUUUUUCAGCUUUACCAUCAAGGCCUUUUCAGAGCGGAUCUGGCACGAAUAUAUGCAGCAGAAAUUAUACCAGUUGUGCCUCACCUCCCUGCAAAUGUCAUAAAUGCACAGGGAUCCCAAAUCGAAAAAUUUUUACCGGAUGUGGAUGAAUUAACUGGGAUACCUGACCCUCCAUCGCGAGAUUCGCUUGGAGUUCCUCCGCUGCCCGAAUUAGCGACUCCUGAACGUGUAUUCUCUAUGGUUGCGGUCUUGUUUGGAGGCGGAGUUGGUGGUAUAGUUGUUGAUCUGUUAGGUGAGUUGUCUCGGAAGUGUCGAGAGAAUUUUGAGGUGAAGGGCUUGGGGUGGCAUUCUCUUGUUGAUUCUGCUGGUUCAGCUGGUCUUGCUGGUUUUGUUGGUUUUGUUGGUUGUUGUCGUUAG